AUGGGCGACGACAAUAUCAUUAUGGGAUCUCCCAUCAACGUGGUUGAUACCGUCCAGAAUAUCCAGCCCAGCUACAACAACUACAACAACCUGGAGUACCCUUCCUGGGACACCCUUGAAAACGACGAACUCUCUCUUCCGGAUCUUCUUCAAGAACAGGCCGCUGAGGUCAGUGCCAGCACCAAGCCUACUCCCUUGGUCACCCCAGCAUUCCCACACAUUACUCUUCCCGAGGUAGUGCAAGAAGCAGCUUCUUUCGAAUUGCCUCAAGGUCCCGCACAAGAAGGCAGCAUUUUCGACUCUCUUCAAGACUUACUGCAAAAGACAGCCGCCGUGCAGCUCUCUCACGACGGUCUCCCUCACGAAAACGGUGGAAUAUUCGGGAUGGACCAAAACUGGGUAUCCCAUCAGCCGGCCAUGUACAGCCCAUACAUGCCUGGAGCCUUGAAAGUCGCCGACCGCCAAUCUUUAUCACCUCAUAUCCCGAUGAAUUCGUUCCCAGAGAAUUUUCAUCGUAGAUCUGCGACUGUGCCUCAAACCACAAAUCAUUUACCUCUUCCCGCCAUGUCGUCCUUUUCGAGUCAUGCCUCCACCAGCAGUGCACAUUUGCAUUCUGCCCCUAUGGUUGGGAACCAUUAUUUCGCUGACUUUCAAAACAACCCAAAUAAUCAAGCUGGAUCCCCACCGGCCACGACCUCAUUCGGCCACAACAUCGGGUUCUCCCCUCAAUACCCAGUAGCUGGUCCUUCUUACGGGUGGCAAAACCCUAAUGGGUUUCAUAACGGUGUAGGACAUGGGGAUUAUAGAGCCCCAACCCAGCACCCAUACGAUGAAUCACCUCGAAUUGCUGGUAUCACAUCAUCGCCUAUUGGACACCACUUGUCCCCUAUCUCACCGAUUACCGGAGUCAAACCAGCCUCUGGAUCAAUUGCUUCGUCUUCGGUCUCUAAGGUCAAGAGAAACCCCGCGGUCCGCUCUAGAACGGCCAAAGGAAAAAGUAGUGACAGUCAGUCGGCUGCGAGUUCGCACGAAAUGAACCAGUACGAAAUUUCCAGUACGGGAACAUCCUCAAGAAGCAUUGCCGAUAACGUUGCCGAUAACGUUGCCGAUAACGUUGCCGAUAACGUUGCCGAUAACGUUGCCGAUACACCGCCGCGCUGGGGGAUGCCCCAAACGGAAUACUCAUGCUUGCCUCCUGCAGAUAAGAAAAAGAUCAGAAACAGGAUCGGUGCUCGAAGAUUCAGAGAUAAAAAGAAGCGUGUAAGUGUCCAGAUGGAAAGGGAACUCGAGGACAGGGCCGAACGAAUCCAUCAGUUGAGGAGCCGACUCUUGCUCAGCGAGAACGAAGUCAUACGAUUGCGAAACCUUUUGGGUUUCCGCUCCGUUCAGGAUGAUAAUUCUCAAGCUGUUCACAGUAUCUCUGGUCUAGGUUUAUCAAUAAACCAGGAUAAUAAUGGAGUGAACAGCAACGAAUGGGUUCAAGCCAAGGUUGAUGAUGCUACCCAGUAA